AUGCCGCAUCUCAUCUUCCAGGCGAAGUUCCCCUUAACGAAGGAGCAAGCAGUUAUCAGCCUAUAUGGUCUGUUAGAAAAGCAGCUGAUUGAAGAUUUCAAGCAAUGCUCUACUAGUGUCCUUCAGAAUGCGCUGGGUUCUGAACUUCCAGAUCCUGUCAUCGUGGAUGAUGCCAAAGACACGGAGGCUCCUGAUCAGAUCAAGUACUGCAGAUCAUUGUUGUAUCCUUGUGAUUUACCGGCGUUCCUCGACAGGCACUUCACAAUCCGGCUGCCCAUCUCGAUCGAGAGGCGCAGCAUUCUACAAAAUGUUUUGAAGAUCGAAUGGAUGGACAUGUUUGAGCGAGGAGGCUGGACUCUUGUGUCCAUGUGGAACACCAAGGAGAACGACGACACAACGAGCGAGUCAACGAAAGCUGCCGCAAGGAAGAACAACGAAGCUGCUUCAUCGACAACGGCAGUCCCCAUGGCUAUCAUGACCCCUGUCUCUUCACUCCCUAUCUCCUCUCAGAGCCUGGCUUUCUCAGUCGCAAUGCCUCACAGCGUCUCGCCAGAGCUGUCUGCAAGCAACCCCAUGCUGUACAACAAAUUGAAGCGCAUGGAAGUGUAUAAGAGAGAGGGCAAGACAGCAGAGAAAGAAAAGGACGGAGAUCAGACGGAGUCUAUGGACGAAGAGGAGGAAACCCCUGUGGCAAAAGGGAGCGAGGCCUCCAAGCGAUCAGCGGAUGAAGAUCUUCUCAGCUCGAAAGCAAAAAAGAGAUGA